AUGGAAAUGGAUGUGUUAAAUGCAAUGAAACGUUCCACAUUUGUAUUACAUGUACUUGCAUUGUAUGUGAUGAAUCAAGCUGUCUUGAAUGCGAAAAUGGGUUUUAUCUCGAUAAUAAUGUUUGUGAACCAUGUAAUUCCAUAUUUGAUAAUUGCAUAUCUUGUGAUGUAUCAAAGUGUUCCAUGCAACGCCACAACAUGUCGUUCUUGUUUAAAUGCUUUUUAUUUGGACAAUGGUAUCUGUUCAACAUGUGAAACAAUACAUCCAAAUUGUGAAGUGUGUGAUGAAACCGAUUGUUAUAAGUGCAAAAGUGGACUCUUUUUACGUGAUGGGAAAUGGCUUAACUGUGGCGACCUAUAUGAGAAUUGUACAAGAUGUGAUGAUACAAGGUGUUUGGAAUGUAUGGACCACUUUUAUUUGUCGAAUUACAACUGCGAUAUUUGUAAAACAAAUUGCGAUGUUUGCCACUCUGAAUCAACCUGUUCAAAAUGUUUUGAUGGAUAUUAUUACAAGGAAGAUGACAAGAUUUGUUCGUUGUGUGACAUGAAAGGAUACUACAUUGACAGUAAAAGUUGUAAAAAGUGCAGUGCAACAUGCAUCGAUUGUUUGUCUCAAACAAAAUGUGUGUCAUGCAUCGAGGGGUAUUAUCUCGAAAAUACCACGUCAGAAGAAAUGACAGAAUCUUUUGGAACGUGUACAGACUGUUCAACGCGUGGUUGUAUAACAUGCAAUUCAACAUCGUGUAUCACAUGUGAAAUCAAUAAAUACAUUGACGAAAGUGGGUUGUGUUCUGUGUGUAAACCCGAUAAUGUCAAAAGUAUUUCAUGCUUCAUUGAUGAAAACGGAAACAAAAAAUGUGAGAAGUGCAAACCGGGAUUUUGGAUAGAAAAAUUCGAAUGUGUGACUUGUGAAACGUGUGGAAAACUUAUUAAUUUCGAAGGAAAUUAUUUCACAAAAGAUGAAUUUCAUUGCAAAGAAGUAUCUGGUUCAAAUUGUGUUUUGUGUUUGGAAGAAUAUUAUUUAAAAGACCUACAAUGUCUCAAAUGUUAUGAAAUACUUACAAACUGCAUAAAAUGCGGACUUUUGAAUUACUCAAAUUACAACGAAGUUUACUGUGAUAUUUGUACCAUUGGAAAUUCCCAAAAAGUUGUUAAUAAAUGA